AUGUCGGAAACUUAUACCGCACCACAAACUCCAACAGAAUAUUUCAGUGAUCCUGAAUCAUCAUUGUAUAAUACACCAGAGUCUAUGAGUGAUAUAUCUGAUAAUGAAGAAACCACUCAAAAAUUUGGAAAAAAUGAACAUAAUAAUAAUCAUUCUCGAAUUCCUCGUGCAUCACAAAUUCCAAAUAUUUAUCAUCCUAAUUUUGGUGCAAAAAAUGUGAAUCAAGAAAAUUCAACAAAAAAUUCAAUAUCUCAAAGGUCCUCUUUGAUUUUAAAAGAAAAACAAAAAGUUAAUCUGAACAAUAUGAUUCAAACUAGUACUACUACAUCAAUAAGAAGAAGACCAUCAAAAAAUGUUAUUGGACGAACUCCUUCAAAACGUAUUACAACGAUUAAACGCAGUGGUGCAAACAUUAGGAAAGGUACAGGACGACGAAGAAUAAUGGAGAAAUCAACAACUUCAAAUCCAAAAAUUAGCAACGAUCCAACUGACAUGGAGGCUGAUACGUUUUCAUUUUCUCAACCACUAAGAUUUCCUUGGAUACCUGGGUCUUCAAGCCCGCCAAGACUUAUUCAUGCAUCUUUGGUACCAUUGUCGCAACAUAAUAAACGUUUGCCUGUAAAGAAUGAUACUAGUCGAUCAACUAACUUUGGCAGGGCUACUCGCCUUAUUCUACAAACAUGUAAUCUGAGAAGGCCCAAUUCUAGUUUAAUGUCUCCAGAUUCUAUUAAUUUGUCGCUAAAUGAAACCAGAAAAAUUGGAAAACGUUCCUCUCAAAUAUUUCGACGUCAAUUGUUAGAACAAAGUAUAACAAUGUCAUUUGGAGGAAUACCACCAAAUCGAAAUUUAUCUCAAUCAAGACAACCAAUACGUCGAAGAACAAGGAAACGCAGAAAUGAUAACACUGAGACAGCGGAGACAGCUAAAACAUCUGUGAAAAUUAAAACAGCUAAUACAUCUGUGAACAAUGUAAAUAAUAAACCAAUAAAAAGAGGUAAUACAGUUGUAUCGAAAAGAAUUUUAAAUUCAGAAGAAUUGGGGGAAAAAGUUGAUGAAGAAUUAAAAAAGAUUAAUUUGUUUUCCCCACAACCUCCUCCUAGAAAUACAAAAAAUCCUGAAUUCCCUGAAUUAAAUCCAAUUCAUAAAGAAAUGAACAAUAAAUCUUUGUUUUCUCAAUUACCAGAAAAGAGAUCAAUCAAAUCUGCAAAUACGACAGAUAUGAAAGAUUAUAAAAAUUCAAUAGCAGCGGAAUCUUCAACAUCAUUACCAUAUCCAAGCCAUCUAUCAUCGUUAAAAUUUUCACCACCUAAUAAUAGACCAUCAAGAAUUCCCAAGUUCGCGACUGGACCACCAUCAAUAUUUUCAAUGACUCCAACAGUAUCAUCUCCAAUUGAAGAAUUUGAUAUACUUUCUGAUUUCGACAAACCAACAAUAACAGAUCAAAGGAUAAAUCAAGAAACAAGCCAAGAAAUAAACCAAGAGGAUAGUAAUACUCGAAGAAUAAUGUCACCUUUAAUUACCGAUUCACCCAUAAAUUCCUCACCUAUAUUUCUUCGAUCACCUACUUCUCCUUCCAAAACGCAAAGGCUAUUUAAUAUGUUUUGUAGACGCGAUAAUAGUACACCAUCAAUAUCAGUGGAACAAUCUUUGCCUGCUACUCCGAAAUCCAUGUACUUUGGAUUUUCACCACGUUCGCCACAAUCAUUAACGAGCACACCAUCACGAUCACCUAGUAAUACUCCAACACGAUCAUUAUCACCAGUUUCUCCUGGAAAAAUUUCACGUUCUGCUAGUCCAAUACCAAAUUCCGCUGGAAUAUCAUCAGCGAGUCAUCUAUUGAAACCAGGUUUUACACGACAUAAUUCAGAAUCUGUUAAAAAUCCUAUAGAAAUAGAUAAAUCUGAUAAAUCUGAAAAUAUUAGAAAGAUGCAAAAUUUUGAGAAUAUAAUUAAGCAAACAGAACUUGAGAACGAAAUUAAGAAUGAAAUGAAUAUUAAAAAGGCGAUGAAAACUGCCAUUAUAACGAGUACCACAGCGGUAACAUCACCAACUGUAAUACCUGUAUCACCUAUGACUAGUUCCGUAAUCAAGAAGGAAGAAUCUUGUAAUUAUGUGGAUGGGGGAGACGAUAAUUAUUCCUUGUAUCAUAGAAAAAAUUCAAUAAAUCAUCUUUCACCCGGACACAGAAAAGAAGAUGUGUUAUCAGGUACCGAAUCUGAUCAAUACAACUCAGUACAAAGAACAUUUGGGGAAGAUAAAGUUUUAAGAAUGACAUUAACUCCAUCAUAUCUAUGUCUAGAAAAUAAUUAA